AUGGAUGUGCCCGGCGACGAAAGUUCCAUGGACGAUGAACCUCGCACUCCUCCAGCGCAGAGUGCUGCCUCUGAUCCAGGAGCAACACCCACUCAGCAAAACCCAGGAGAGGCACGGACCAGGAAAGCCACUCAACUACAAACUGCGAAAUCAAUUUCAAAAAAGACGACCAGAGCUGCAUCAAGAGCUGCAAGUAGAUCCCAAACCCCUUCUAUUGCGGAUGAUGAUGAUGACACUGGUGCCCCCUUAAAACCUGUACAUUUGCUGGGUAACUGCACGCUUGAGGAGAAGAUUAUUCAGGCGAAUAAUGACGCCAUACAGAAAAUGGCGGAAUCUAACGCUCGGAUGCUUGCCAAGUUCAGAGCCAGCCAGACUGAAGCCAUGGAGAAAACAAUUCAGGUUGCGGUCGUAUCUGGAUUAUCCAGUUUGAAUCAAAAUGUCGGUCGCCUAGCCGAGUCCCUUGAAACCAUCAGCAAAAACCAAUCAAUUACUUCGCAAUUACUCUCGCACCUUGAAGGUCGGUUGGAUGGGGAGCGUCCGCGUUCGCCGACGCGAUCCUCCUCCCAUCGCCGCUCGAUAAGCACCAACGCCGGGUACGCUGACAACACUCAAGCAGAGGGAAGUAAUCAAAAUGCCGCUUCUGCAAAGGGUAAGGGCCGCAGGGAAGUCGAUGAGGAUGAUGACGAUGACGAUGACGAUGAAGAAUUCGAGUACGCAGACAAUGAAGAUCAAGCUGAAAAAGGAAUUGCGUUGAAGAAAAAGCGGAAACUAACUAAGACUAGGAAAGCACUUGAUCUACAAGUACGACAUUGA